CCCAAAGGAUUUUCCCUCCUCACACUUUGAAGGGUUCGUAAGUGCUGCUCAGCUGUCGUCAGUGUUUUUGUUUACCACUCGUGAAAUCUGGGCAAACAAAAAACUUUCCUCGCAAACGAUGGCCAGCUGGGCGAAUCGACCUCCCAUCGGGGACGGAUCCUCACCGGGUGGUGCCCUGAACAACAACUCCGCGGCCUCAAUGCGUAAAAAGUGGAACCUGGAAGAUAAAAAGUCGCUGCGGAACCUGCAGUACCACUUUGCGGAAGACGGCUGCUCGGAGGUGCAGUUUACGCUGGCCAAGCAGCUGCUGGAGGAGAAUGCCGAGACGGAUCCGGCGCACAAUCACAGCCAGGGCGUGCACUGGUUGCUGCGGGCGGCCCAGCAAGGUCACGAGCAAGCGUUGGCCAUGUUGGGCGAGUGCUACCAGAGUGGGCGCGGGAUCAACGAGGGAAACGAGGAGGACGUGCGGAGCUGUCUGGCGAUGAGUUCGGGGGAGAGGUCGGCCCGGCGGGCGGCGCAGGAACUGUUUGCGUCGUUGUCCAACGGCGAGGAGUACGUUACGGCGGCGCAGUUGGAGAAGCGGAUGCGGGAGAUCUACAAGUUGGACAAGAAGAGCAAAAGGCCGCAGCCGGACGGGGCGGAAGCCGGGAUGGAUCAGGUGGAGACUAGUCCGGACAGGAACGGGAUCGCCGGGGGAAGUAAUCGGUUGAACCGAAGCACGGGACAGUUUCACACGGUGAAUCACAUUUCCGAGGCGAAUCUUCUGUCGGCGGCAAUCAACUACUCGAAUGGGCGGCUUCCGUUCGUGAGCAAUGCGUUGACCUUGUCGGUGCCGGACCCGCAGAGUUUGGACCACGUGCCGUGCUUUCACCGGCCUUUUUUCCAUCCGAUCAUGUUUUUCUCGCUGCUGUACCAUCGAUUGCUUGCGAUGGUGGCCAGCUUUCCGGGGUCGGGCUUUUCCGGCUUGCAACUGGCGCUGGUGCUGGUCGCGUACAGCUUGUUUGCCAGCGAGAACCUGUUUACCCUUGUCCCCGUAGCCGGUUACUAUCUCAGCCUGAUUGUGAUGAUCCUGUGCAGCUUCAAAAUGCUCAAGGCCAAGCACGAGUUCAUCGACUUCCGGAUGUGGUCCGGGCUGUUUCUGCGGUACGGCGACGAACAUCUCAACACGGACGACUCGGAGAACCAGUUCCUGCGCAACAACCUGCGGCCGUAUCUGUACUUUUUCGUCGCCUUCUUUACCAACGUGAUCCUGCAGCCGAACAUCAACGAUCAGUGGCUUCCGUUCUCGGAAAUUACCGUAGUCGCGUUUAUGCUGACCUUCGUCAGCAUGCUGGCUUUUAUGUACACCUCGUCGGACCCGUUUCCGGAUUACAUGAUCCUGUUUUCGUUCGGUCUCAACGUGCUCGCCAAGUACCCGUACGAGAUGGACUCGGUCGUAACGACCGGUUGGCGCUUCCUCGAUCUCAAAGUGCCCGGCUUCUCAACCUUCGUAAUCGGAAAUGGCAUCGAGUUCUGCCUAAACUGCCGCGCUUUGCUCUACCUGAUCAUUCCGGCCUUUCUUGCCUUCAUCGCCCGUCGCAACAGCUGGCGCGGAGUCUACCAAUACCUGAUCCCGCACUGCGUCACCCUGGCCUGGCUCCAGAUCUGCAUCAUCGGUUCCCAGUCCGCAACCGCCUUCGGCCUAGUUCGCGGCGCCCUCGGCCUUUCCGGAAUGCUUCUCUUUCUCCCCCUGUUCGGAAUCGUCACGUUGCUCAUCCCCGUGUUUGCCACCAUCGAGUGGCUUUCGCUCACCGAUUCCACCGUUCGCCUCUGGUCCUCGAUCAGCGCCGCCUUCAUCGCCAUCCUCGUCUCGUUCUACAUGGCCGCAUCCCGGCGAACCGAAAAGUACAUCACCUUUCUCCAGAUCGCCAUCUGCGUGAUCGCCACCAUCUUCCUCACCCUGCCCCACAUGAUGUCCAACUUUGAAACGCUUCACACCGCCGAACCCGAAACGCUCUUCUCAACGACCGCCGGACCAACCCACAAACACCAACAGUCCUCAUCCGGUGGCACCGGUUCCAACCUCCCGAACGCCCUCAGCUGGGAGUCGUACUACAAGUUCUGCCAUCAACCGGCCUGGGACCGACUCGGCAACAAGAUCAAAACCCAACUUCGCUGCGCCCACCUGGACGGCACCGUAAUCCGGUGGGAAGGCACCGUGGUGGACUUGGAGAUCGCUUCCCGCAAGAAUCUACGCGCCGAUCUCAUCCACAGCUACCUGCCGCGCUUCCUGGCGGAACGGAUCGCGUGCUACUACGGCGAACGGGUCGAACCCGAGUGCGGACCGGCCGAGGAGCGGCAGCACUGCGAGGAGAUGAAGAGCUUCAUGCAGCAGCAGGUGCGCUGCCAUCUGGACCGGUGGAACACCUACGAGUACGAGCUGAAGGUGCGCAUGCCCUCGCUGGGCCUGCUCUCCAAACCGUCCGAAAUCACGCUGAAAGCGCAGCACGCGUUCGGCAACUUUACCCAGAGCCUCAACAACAGCGACCGCAUCUGGUUCAUGGGCAUUCUGCGCAACUUUCUGAAACCCGCCGCAUCGACCUCCUCCUCCGCCGACCUCCACUCGGCCAACCUCAACGACCUGCACAUGGAUUUGGGCGGAGCGACGGCGGGAGGAGCCGGCACCUUUGGCAGCGGGGACCGGUCCGACCGGAGCAACAUGCGGCUGGGCCGUAAAAAUCCACUCGUCGAGCUCAUCUCCGUCGGCUGCAUCAACUGCCAGAACAAGGAGCUCCGGUCGGUGCAUCUGUCGGACGGGUUGAAGGUGAACGCCCGCAUGCGGGACCUGCUGCGUGGCAUCAAGUAUCUGCUGAACGUGAUUUUCAACCCGUUGGUGAUCUUUAAGUAAGGCGAAGGGAUCGUUGCAAAACUCGAGUCAUUAUGCGAACUGUGCUAGUAUUUAGGAGUAACUUUAACCUUUUUUGUGCGUUUCUUUGUUUUUUUUUCUGUGUUUAGUUUUAGGUGCGAGAGAGUUUUCUACGGGAAACUCGAUCGUUGUACUGAUGAGAUAAUUGUUUCCGUUUGCUUUUUCCACGAUUGCUGUGAACUAGUUAACACACACACAAACACUCACAAUCAAACACCGUUACGAACUUUCCGUUGUGACUAAUAUUUUACUUUUAUUUUUUUGUUCUCAUAAGAUGGUAGCUUGUUAGUGUUUAACAGAAGAUGUCUAAAAAGAAAAUGAAAGAAUUUAAUAUAUGUGAACUAUAAAGAGCAAA